AUGAAAUUGUUUACUCUCAUCAUCGCACUCUUCUAUAUUGUAUCUAGCGCUUGCGCGAGCCCGGAGUCUGGCAAGUUCGAAAGAUAUCAGUCUCUCUCUCGCUCCAUUCCCAUUGAUUUGGAUGACUCGUCAUAUGAAGACUUGACAUCGAAACCCCGAGAUUAUCACGUUGCGGUACUUUUAACGGCUGCUGAAGCUCGCUAUGGGUGCAUCUUAUGUCGCGAGUUCCAGCCGGAAUGGGAACUCAUCUCGCGAAGUUGGAACAAGAGCCCCAAACCCGAUGGCCUAAAAAUGCUUUUUACCACCCUUGACUUCAAUAAUGGUAAAGCAACUUUCCAAAAGCUGAUGCUCCAAACUGCCCCGGUUCUUCUUUUGUUUCCUCCAACUGUUGGUCCCUUCGCUAAAGUUGAUGAUGCGCCUGUUAGAUUUGACUUCAGUGGUCCAAUCUCUGCUGACCAGCUUUACGUGUGGAUCAAUCGUCAUCUUCCAGAGGGACCAAAGCCACCCCUUGUUCGUCCCAUUAACUAUAUGCGACUCAUUUCUGCAGUGACAAUAUUAAUGGGCGUGUUAACCUUAUUCACUGUUCUAUCACCAUAUGUUUUGCCAGUUAUACAGAAUCGAAACUUAUGGGCCGCGUUCAGCUUGAUUUCCAUACUAUUAUUCACAAGCGGCCACAUGUUCAACCAUAUCCGCAAAGUGCCAUAUGUUGCUGGCGACGGCAAAGGUGGCAUUAGCUACUUCGCCGGUGGAUUCUCAAAUCAGUUUGGAAUGGAGACACAAAUUAUUGCUGCCAUCUGUAAGUGUGGGCGCCUGAAAGCCAACGAAACAUGA